AUGACAGAAAUUGAGUUUGGGCAACCGUUGCCAAGAGACCUAGAUUAUGCCGUUUCGUUUGGGAUACCCACAUGGAGCUCCGCUUUAGGCUACGCGGAGCAGAAACCAGAGAUUUGCGGCAAAAUGGUGACAGGCUAUCCCAGAUACUAUCCCCAACCUCCCAUUCAGCGCCUUUGUGACUACUUUUUGCAAAAGUAUGGCCGUGGCUCGGAGAGUUGCCGCCCUUUCCCUUCCUAUAGUUUGGCUCGCGACUGUGUUGAAUACGUGAGCUUCUUCAAGGGCGGGAAAAGCAAUGCUCACAUUGAAGUUGAGACCUUCAAGUUUGACUACGAAGUUGACGCGGAAGUGAAAAUCGCAGCUGUGUUGGCUUCCGAUGACGAUUUUGACAUCGUCAAAGAAUACUGGAAGUUGCGCGGAGAAUGCGUAUCCAGCAGACUAGCAACAUGUCUUAAUCAGCUUCGUGAAGCUGAAGCGUCAGGUUCUAACACAGUGCGGCAGAAGCUUAGCAGCAAGAUUUCGCUAGCCAAGAUAGACGGUAAGACUGCGAAAGCCAUAAUAAAACGAAGAAUAGUUAUAAAUCACUACCAGUCUUUCGGAUUAGAAAAGAAAAACCCGCACUGGAAAGCUCUGGCGGCUGAUCCUGAAAGAGAUGUUCAUCUCGUGUCAAGUGGCAUGUCCUCCAUCUUCACAGUUCGCAGGUUCUUAACGUUCUGGGAGAAGAACCGUAUUCCUGGAAGCGAAGCUACAAGGGGACCGAGCGAAAAGAGCGAAUCAAUGUUGUGCAACACAGCCGUUGUCUUCGGCUUUCCCUUCAAGGAUACACAAGUUAUUAUGAGAAAGCUUGGCAACUGUAAGUUUUACGGUUUUGGUGAUUCUCGGGAUAUCGCUGGAUUGACAAAGUUUUUGGAAUCCGACGGGCAGCGUGUUCUUGCAGUUUUUGUCGAGACUCCAUCCAACCCCUUACUUAACAUGCCUGAUCUCAAGUCCUUGAGACAGUUAGCUGAUAGACAUGGAUUUGCCUUGGUAGUUGAUGAUACUAUCGGUGGAGUUAACAUCGAUGUCAUGCCUUAUGCCGACAUAGUAUGCACUUCCCUCACUAAGCUCUUCAGCGGUUCCAGUAAUGUUAUGGGUGGCUCGAUAAUAAUCAACCCGAAAUCAACUUUCCACUCUAGUGCCUUAGAAUACUUUCAGAGUGGCGAUUUUGAGGACCUUCUUUGGUGCGAGGACGCAAUAACUCUCGAGCUGAACUCGCGCGAUUACGAGGAGAGGACACUGCGCUGCAACCAAAACACUGAAUAUCUGUUAAGCAAAGUGCUCCAACCAGAAGUUGGAAAGAUUUUUAAAAAAGUGUACUAUCCUACCCUCAGUUCUGCGGAGACGUUAGCGAACUACGACUCAGUCCGCAACGAAGCCGGUGGUUAUGGAAGCUUGUUCUCUCUUGAAUUCUACAAUGAGGAAGACGCUGAGACAUUCUAUGACUCCUUGAAAGUCUUCAAAGGACCUUCCAAUGGAACGAACUUUACACUAGCAUGCCCUUAUGUGCACUUGGCACAUCACUGGGAGCUGGAUGAUGUUUCACAAUUCGGAAUCGACCCAAAUCUCGUUAGGGUGAACAUAGGCUCAGAAGCCAGUCACUGGUUACUUGACAAAUUCUCAAACGCAAUCGAACAAGUAAGACAUAGGUGUCUCAAUCGUUCGUAG